GUAAUGACACACGGAUAAGAAUUGUUGACCAAAACUGCUCUCAGUAUUGAAUUUUAGAACAAAUUCUUCUCCGUUGCUGGUUUUUCCCCAAUCUUAUUAGCUAAGAACCAGAUAACAUUGACAUUUGUCUAAUUUGAAUAAAUAAAUGAAAUAAAAUACUAAAAAUUAGUAUACUAUUAGAGCCACUUGCUUUAUUCUGUGCAUAACAAAAAGUAUAAAGCAAGCUAAAUACUAUUUACUCGGUCACUUUUAUUUCCCUUCACACUUUUGCAUUUCUUCUUCUUCCUCUUCCCAAUUCCCUUAAAUGGUAAUCUUGGUACAAAAGCUUGGCAGAUCCCUCAAGUUUCAUCACAGGCUGGAUAAUCAUAGCCAUCCCGCCAACAAUCAUGAUUCUGAAGAGGCCUUAAUGGCUUCAUUUCAGGCUUUUCAAUCCGAAGUAUCGAAAACUUUAGGCCAAAUCUUGGCAGAGGCUAAUAAGCUGGGAUCAAGUUUCCUGUCCCUGGAAUGGAUUCAACAAUGUUUGGAGAAGCUACCGAUGAUCGAAAGGGCUUUCGCUAAGUUAGCUGUGGAUUUAGAUUACCCAAUGAUCAAGUGGGAACAAUCAGCUUCUGAUGCAUAUCUUAAGUACAGCUUGAAUGUGAUGGAGUUGCUCAACAAGAUAAGCUCCUCUGUUUCACAUUUGAGCCAGGGCAGGGUUGGUUUGGCUCAUGGAUUAGGUCUCGUGAUAGCGAAUUCGCCUUCGCUGGCUCUGAAGAACCAUCUUCAGGGGAUCAAACCGAAAGAUCCUGGAAACGGAUUCAAAGUUGAGGGUGUAAAAACGGUGCAGCCUGAUGAAGAAGCUGAAGCUAAGGUCAUCUGUCAGAAGGAAUCAAUCAUUCAUGAAGCUUCAGGUAUUAUGAUCGGCAGCGCGUUACGCCUACUCGGGAUUAUGAUUUCAGGGUUAUGCAGUGAUGUAAAGCCAUAUCUUGAGGCAAGAAAUUUAGCUGGUAAACUGCAGGAGCCUUCAUUGCAGAGCCUUGAAUUCCUGCUUGAUCAAGAGAUCAAACAGAAAAAGAAUACUGUGAAGGAAGUGAAGGAGGUUAACGAUGCAGCUGCCGAGCUAGUUGCUGAAAUAGGCCGGGGCAAAGGCGAUCCUGCUGCUGAAAAACUCGGCCGGAAACUGGAGGUUCUGGAGAAAAUAUUGGAGAGGAUUGCGCAGCAAACAGACCGCAUGUUCUCAGAAGUUCUUGCAGCAAGGAGUAAAAUUCUGGACACCAUAAGGCACAAAUGACAGGAUAGAUUGUGUAAUAUAUAGUUUGUACAAAAAUCCAAAGAAGUUACGUUUGUACAGAUUCUUGUAAAAUUUCUGUAAAAUAUAUUUCAUACAAACGAAGGUUUGCAGUGAAUUUCUGUUAAGUUGUUCAAUCCUACGGUUUCACAAUGGACACUUUUGUCCUCUAAACCCAUCUAAAAUGUUCUGAUGAUAGCACUCAUUUUCGUUUAUUUACUAAAUUCUAGAGACA